GAACCGGUGCCUUCACCUUCAGACUUAAGGCUCUUCUAAAACCCUAGAUAUCGCAGAGCCUCCAAACACACUGGGAAAGAUGAGAAAUCAAUGGCGCUUGCUUCUACUCCGCACCCACUCUCGCUCGCCGCUCUCCAUUUCCCACAUUUUCUCGCAUUUUCCGGUAAAAUCUGAUCACUCUUCCCAAACACUCCGUUUCUUUUCUUCAUUUCUCCAGGGACACUCUCAUCACUGCGUGAUUGAUUCCACUGAGUUAAGAAAUUUUAGUGUCCCUAGGUCUCGGAGCUUCUCUUCUGAGCUGGCCCUCGAAGACAAGGGUCUGGAUCACGUUGUUUUCACUGAUAUUUUCUCUAAACCGAAAGGUUUUGAUGAGAUUAAGAACGAAGUGGAGUCUAGUGAUAUUGUGGUCAGCCACGAGUUGGUGUUGAAGGUAUUGGAAAAUCUGGAAUCGAAUCCUGAAGUGGCGAGGAGGGUUUUUGAUUGGGUUCUGAGGGCUGAGAGUGAGAGACUGAGCUCCAAGUCGUAUAAUUUGAUGUUGGGUAUUUUGGGUAGUAACGGGUUUGUGCGUGAGUUCUGGGAUUUGGUUGAGGUUAUGAACAAGAGAGGGUAUGGAGUGUCCAAGGCAGCUUAUGUGAAAGCAUUGGAAAAAUUUGAAAAAGAGGCGUUGGAGAGUGAUCUGGAAAAGUUGAGAGGGCUGUUUGCAUCGGGAUCUGUAGAUAAUUCCAUACAGAAGAUUUGCUCAAGGGUUAGUAAGAUAAUUAGAAGUGAGGUGUGGGGGGACAAUGUUGAAGGGCAAUUGCACAAUUUAAAAGUUACAUUUUCAGGUGACUUGGUUGCCAUGGUGUUGGAGAAUCUUGGACUGGAGCCAAUGAAAGCAUUGAUAUUUUUUCGCUGGGUUGAGGAGAGUGACUUGAUCAAGCAUGAUAAGCAGACUUAUAAUGCUAUGCUGAGGGUUUUGGGUAGAGAGGAUUGCAUUGAGAGGUUCUGGAAGGUUGCUGAUGAAAUGAGGAAUGCUGGAUAUGAAAUGGAGGUGGCAACAUAUGUUAAAGUUGUAGGGAGGUUUUACAAGCGGAAAAUGAUAAAGGAAGUGGUGGAUUUAUAUGAAUUUGCAAUGAGUGGUGCAAACAAGCCUUCUAUGUAUGAUUGUACCUUUCUUUUACGGAAAAUAGUUGUGAGUAAGGUUUUAGACAUUAGUUUGUUUUCAAGAGUUGUGAGGACUUAUACAGAGGGUGGGAAUAUAUUGACAAAAUCUAUGCUUGAUGCAGUUCUCAAAUCUUUAACCAGUGUUGGUAGAUUUGGGGAGUGCAAUAAGCUCUUGAAAGCAAUGGAAGAAGGUGGGUAUGUAGUUGGUAGUGGCAUGCAGAAUAAAAUUGCCUUUGGGCUUAGCAGUGCUCGGAAAACAGAUGAAGCUAAUGAGUUUAUGAAUAAUAUGGAGGAUUCGGAUUGUCGUCCAAAUUACAGAACAUGGUCCUCUUUAAUUGAAGGAUACUGUGUAGCAGGGGAUCUUGAUAAAGCUUCUGAUUGUUUCCAAAAAAUGGUUGAAAAGGAGGGGGUUUCUUAUGCUGGUUAUGCUUUUGAAGUGUUGGUAAAUGCAUAUUGCUGUAAAGGCAGAUCUGUAGAUGCAUGUGGACUUCUUUGUGAUCUUGCCAGUAAAGAGAAGUUUAAACCUUGGCAUAGUACGUAUAAACUGUUGAUAAGCAAGUUGUUGGUCCAGGGGGGAUUUCAAGCAGCUUUGAAUCUUUUGGGUUUGAUGAAAGAUCAUGAGUUCCCACCUUUCUUAGACCCAUUCAUCGAGUAUGUUUCAAGAACUGGAACUGGUGAUGAUGCUAUUACUUUCCUGAGAGCCAUGACUGUGAAGAGGUUUCCAUCUACAUCCGUGUUCCUCCGUACGUUUGAGGCAUUUUUCAAGGCUGGAAGGCACAAUGAAGCACAAGAUUUCCUUUCCAAAUGCCCAGGCUACAUCCGUAACCAUGCUGAUGUUCUGAAUCUCUUUUAUACCAUGAAAUCUGGAGAAGCUGCCAUGGCUGCUUAGGUUUCAGUGGAGUGAAUCUCUUAUUGUAUUUUGUUAGAUUGAAGUAGUUUGGCAUUUCUUCAAAAUUUUCGGUAUAAAAAUUUUCAGUGCUCCCCAUUUUAAAUUUGUUGACUGCUGGAGCAUGAGUAGCUUUAUUUUUUGUCCAAUAAAAUCCAGGGUAUUACAUAGUACAUCUGAAUACGACUUCUCUCAAGUUAUUUGUGGAGCACAUCUGUUGACAGGGAUUCAAGUAAACAUUAUUUGCAUAUUUACUCUCUGGAAACAGUUACUGUUUUUAGACUCA